AUGGAGAAGGACAAACAUGAUAUAAACGAUCCUACGAUCGUUCACACUACCACUACAGGUGUCCAAGAUGGAGAUCAAGAUAGCGAAUCAUAUCUUCCAGUCGUUGAUUUGAACAACAACGCAACGGGAAAAGUACGUAAUCCUCUUGCAGAUUUGUCAAGGGCAAGAUUGAUGGCCGAUGUUGAAGCUUUCACAAGAGAAAACCAAUUGGAAGAACAUACGGAAUUAUUCAAACGUGGUGCAUUGAUUGCACAAAAUCCUGCUGGUUAUUCAGAACUUUCAGAAUUAGAAAGUGACGAAAAAGAUGCAAUUGCAAACGAAAUGGCAAACAAAUGGUCUCAUCCGAUGAUGUUAUAUGCAACAAUCAUUAUUUGUUCAAUCGGUGCUUGUACGCAAGGUUGGGAUCAAACUGGAAGUAAUGGUGCAAAUCUUUCUUUCCCAAAAGAAUUCGGAAUUGAUGCAAUGGAAGGUCAACCAAACUAUGAACGUGAUUCUUGGAUUGAUGGUGUGGUAAAUUCCGCUCCUUAUCUUGGAAGUGCUGGUUUCGGUUGUUGGAUCUCUGACCCUCUCAAUAACUUAAUCGGUCGUAGAGGUGUAAUCUUUUUAACUGCUUUAGGUUUGAUUGCAACUCCAAUCGGUUCAGCUUUCACGCAUUCUUGGCAACAAUUAUUCGUUUGUCGUUUAGUCUUGGGUUUCUGUAUGGGUGCAAAAGGUAGUACAGUACCUAUCUUUGCCGCAGAAAAUGCGCCUGCUGCAAUUCGAGGAGCAUUGGUGAUGAGUUGGCAAUUAUGGACUGCUUUCGGAAUCUUUUUAGGAUUCUGUGCAAACGUUAUCGUAGCAGACACUGGUAGGAUCGCAUGGAGAUUACAAUUAGGAUCUGCAUUUAUUCCCGCUGUACCUUUGGCGAUCGGAAUUUACUUCUGUCCCGAAUCUCCACGGUGGUUGAUGAAGAAGAACCGUUAUCCACAAGCAUUCAGAUCUCUGCUAAGGCUUCGAAAGCAUAGAAUUCAAGCAGCUCGUGAUAUGUUUUACAUUCAUGUUUUGUUGGAAGAAGAAAAAUCGAUCAUGAAACCCGGAAAUUAUUUCAAGCGUUUAUCGGAAUUGUUCACCAUCCCUCGUGUUCGCAGAGCUACGGUAGCCUCUGGGGUUGUUAUGCUUGCACAACAGAUGUGCGGGAUCAAUAUUAUCGCCUUCUACAGCAGUACAAUCUUCAGUAAAGCCGGUUUUACUGAUCGCCAAGCCUUAUAUGCAAGUCUUGGGUUCGGCGCAAUCAACUUUUUGUUUGCUUUCCCCGCGAUUUUCACAAUCGACACGUUCGGUCGUAGGUCUUUGUUAUUGUUCACAUUCCCAAACAUGUGUUGGUCCCUUUUGGUAGCCGGCGGUGGAACAUUGAUUCAAAGAAACCUGCCCGAUGGUACGUUGAGUCCGGCAAGGCUAGGUGUCGUCGCAACGUUUGUUUACAUCUUUGCCAUGUUCUAUAGCCCUGGUGAAGGACCUGUUCCUUUCACAUACAGUGCAGAAGUAUUUCCAUUGGCACAGCGUGAAUUGGGAAUGGGUUGGGCAGUGACGGUCUGUCUGGGCUUUGCAGCCGUUUUGUCAAUCACGCUGCCGAGAAUGUUGCAAGUUAUGAAACCAUGGGGAGUCUUUUUCUUCUAUGCUGGUCUGAAUGCCGUGGCAUUCUUUUUAAUUCUUUUCUUCGUACCCGAAACAAAACAACUUACACUGGAAGAACUGGAUCAAGUGUUUGCAAUUCCGCACAAAACGUUUAUCGAUUAUCAAACCAAGAAAGCUGUGCCUUAUUUCUUCAAAAGGCACGUUCUACGUCGCAAGGAUGUGCAUUUAGAGCCUUUGGUAGAAUUGGAUGAUCACUUGGUAGGAAAAGCGCCAACUGCCGUAGCUCAUCCUGCAUAG